UGUAACCACUGUGCCUCUCUCUCUCUCUCUCUCUCUCUCUCUCUUUUCAGGAAACUUCACUGAUGGAGCCUGAGCAGAUCCAGGAGACACAUUUGUUCCCGCGGACAACUCAUAGAAUACAUGAAACCAGCGAUCCUGCCUCGGCCAAAAAGUACCAUGAUGUCACAGAGACUUUCAUCAUGAGUCAAGUUCCUGGAAGUGAGGAGUUGGAAGAGAAGGAAGAUUCGUCUCUUUCCAAUGAUCUUGCACUUCUCUUUGUUAUGAAAGAACAUAUGUGGGAUGGAUCUUCUCAUCCUGUGGAGAAGGACCCUUCCCAAGAACCGGAAAGAGGGCCAAGAGAUUUAGAGAACUGGGAAGAAUCUUCCGAUGGAAAACAGAAUCUCAGUGAAGGACAGCUCAGCUUGAAAGAGAGCAGGGAAUCUUCCUUAGAUUCCUUGGAUGGGGAAUUCGUAAGUUGUUCUUCCACCAAUUCCCAGUCUUUCCUUCUGGAUACCACUAGCCCUGCUCUCUCCUAUCCCAGGGCAGUCAGUGCAGGACAGAUGGAGAGCCAAGUCCGUGAUUCUAGUUUUGGCCAAUCUCCAAGUUUGUGUGACACACACUCUCCGACACGGCAUGAGGAAUCAGCAAUGACAGAUGCUCUUCCUUGUCAAGAAGACUCAGUCAAUGAAUCUCCUUUGGUGAUUCAUCAUAAUGUUUCAGAUUGCCACAAAAGUGCUGAUUUCUCCAACUGGAAACUGGAGACGCAGCAGGAGGAGAGCAGAAGCUCUUACGAUGGAAUGGACGUUGCAAUGAGAAUCAAUGAACUUUCCCCUAAAGGAGAAGAAGUGAGUAACCGAUUGAGUAACCCGUCUUCCGAAGAGGAAGAGUUGAAUUUAGAGGGGACACAAAGAAAAGCGGACAACAUUCUAUUCCAGAUAUCUGCCAAAGAAACGGAGGAACAUUCAGAUGUUGAUGAUGAAACGGGAGGUUUGGAGGAGAAUGUUCUCAACUUCCUCGUUCUCCAGCUCCAGGAAGAGGAAGAGAGUAACGCCGAAGGGAGCAGCUCUCCGUUACUAAAGAAAAACAUCCAAACCGAUGAUAAUGUAAGCAAUGUGAAUUGUGAGGAAUCGGAGUCAGACCAAAACCGGCUAUCGUCAACCACCAGGAAGCCAGAAUUUGCAGAAUCAAAGGCGCUGGAGUUGGCAGGCAGCGAGGAAGAGGGAGGGAAGGAUUUGAAUGAGAAAGCAGCAAAGAGCAACACGGCGACAAAUCUGGAGGAAGUAGAGCGGUCACACAAGGACCAAGAAGAACAAGAAUGGAUGGUGCGAGCAACAAUAGACUCCGCGCCUAUCAGAUCGGGCCAGGACACACUGGAUUCUUUGGAAAACAAUCUGGCUCUUUCUGGUUUAAACGAUAACAGUUCUGAAGAACUUGCUUUCUCUUUGAAGGAGGUGUCCUCAGCAGAUCACUCUCCAACAUCAGGUUGCAUAUUGCCCGAACCUUGCAUCCAAACAACUACUAUUCCAUUCCCUGGAAUGACCCCUGCAGGCUUUCAGCCAGGUAGUGGAAGGCCAAGGAUGCAGGCUGCCCUAUAUCACAGCUCUGGAGAAGUGGAAGACUCCGGCAUCUAUGAUGAAGCAAAGACAAUGUUCUGUGGUGAUCAAGAUAGUGCACAACCCACCGUGGGUUUUGGAGAAGAGGAUGUUGGAAAAGAGGAAAAUGCUAGGAGUGUUGAUGGUGGACAAAUAACACAAUUGUUUACAGAUGUAGCGUCAGGCAAUGACUCCCGAGAUCUUCAUGGUUCUCAAGCUACAGACAGUUCUUCUGAUGCCAAAGAAAAUCCUGUCCCAUCGUUGAGGACUAUCAUCACUGCUCUCUUGCAAGAAGGUCCCAUCAAGGGAGCCACGGAUGAGACUGUCACGUGUGCAGGAGAUGAAUCAGUUUUACAUUUCUCCAGUCAACCAGGCAGAGCGACCGGUGAUGAUGAAGCUUCAGUAUCGGACAGUGAUGGAGAUGAUCGUCUUCCCACUUUUGGUGAAGACGUCCUUGAAGACACUCAGAGUUCUCCUUCCAAAGACCUCCCAAAUCCCUCUCUAGAAGAAGGCCUGUCCAACAUAGCCAAAGAGAUGAUCAAAUUAAGUCUUUCUUCCUGGGGUUCGGUGGAAGACACUACUGAAAAUGAUGUGAAGUCCCACCGACAACCGAAACCCACAAUUAAGAAUGCUGCGUUGACCGGGAAGGAAGCAGCAACAGACACAUAUUGCACGGAGGAUGAAAGCUUAACCAGUGAGUCACCAUAUUUUGCAGGAAAAGAGAGAACAGAAUGUGGCUGCAAUGCCGACAGCCUCCCGUCUUGCAGGACCCUUUUUGCAAUGACCACCGAUGCAGCUCAGCUGACACAACCUUUGGCCCCAGUUCCAGAGGGGGACUCAGAGCAGAUGUUGUCCUUCAAAUCUGCUUCGUUUUUGUCCUCCAGGAAGCCUCUCCAGUUCGUAAUCGCCCCAUCCACGGCAAAUUUUAAUGCCCAGCCAACUCCCCCAGGCCUUAAUCCUGACCGACUUCUAGAACAAUUGUCCUCUUCCAACCAGGUUAAUCCAUUAGCCCCUAAAUCUUCCGCUAACGAGACUCUUUUGGAGCAUUCGUCUUUAGCCCCUGAAACCAGAUUAUCUGAGCAACUUUCCGCUUCUGAAGGUGACUUGGAUCAGUGUUGCCAAGUUCCACAUUCCGCACACAGCUUUAAGCAGUCUGUACCUGUGUCACACCAUGCCACUUUGCCCAUUCUGUCUAGACGUUCCGUGUUUCCUUCAUUUAGUAUCAAUGCAGGUUCCCAGCGGACUAAAGAGAUCGCACAAUCUGUAGCUGCUGGACCGGGCCACAACUUCCAGGCACAAGCUCCACGCAUCGCUGUUAGCCGGGGUUCUCACCGUUCCCAAUCAGAUUCCAAUUCCAGGAAGCAUCUCCUAGUCGGGGACAAUCCUUCUACACAGCAGAGGACCAACACUUCAGAAAACAGCCCCCACACAGGAAGCAAUGAACCGACACAUCUCAGCCCACAGGUGGGCCGCCGUGCCUCUUGGAAUUCAUCCUCUAUUUCCAAACGAGGUGACCUUGUCCUGGUUUCAAGUUUGGACGAUACAACGGAAGAGUUUUCUGGUCUUCCAUUGGCCACGUGCUCUGAGUUGGGCCUUUCUUUUUCGGACUUGCAAGGUGGAUUUUUAGGAAAUGGUGCCAUGGGUGCAGAUUCCUUCAUCAGCGUCUCUGAAAUGGUGUCCAAGUUUGAAGAUACGCCCGAUGGGAGGUCUUCUAGCUAUACUCUCCAUUCCUCGGGAGGUCGCGAGAAACUGUGCGAAACCAAGUCCGCAAAUGUAAGGCAGGCUCCUUCUCUUUUAGCAUUCUCUAACCCAAUCCACUUUCUCCAGCUCGGACCUCCUUCGCCCCCAAGUUUUCCAUACCCAGGGGGCCAUCAGGAUCUCCAGUGGCCAGAGCAAGAGACCAAGAUUUCAGACGAUCCAAUUGCAUCUUUCUCUGAAGGUCCAGGAAGGUUCAGGAAAGUCCUUGAAAAAACAGUGGGGGAACCUGUUUCCCUGGCAAUCCAUAGAAGAGGCCUGGAAGGCAGACAUCCGCGCCUGGAGAAGUCCUCCAGCUGCCCAGACAAAAACACCAUCGGGUUGGGCACCAAAGAAUCCGCUUUCGGAACAAAGAAGCAGGAGGCGGGGGCCAAGCAACGAGCGAAAAGCAAAGAUUGGCAUCGACAGCGCUUAAGAAAAAUUUCGAUGCCAACCGACGGUGCUGUAGAUAUCUCCAUAGCCUCUCUCCACUCAAAAGAGGAAGCCUCCGCACACAAGGACAGAGCCAACCACUUAGACUUUGUGAAAUACGGAGAGAAGAAAACGUCAGAAAGCCUAGAAAAUAUCAAACGGCGCCGUUCCAAACUGAUAAAUUCAUCCAAACUGCUCUACCAGGAAUACAGCGACGAUGCCCUGAACAAAGCAAUCCAGAGUCAAAAACAGAUAGACUCCUUGUCUGAAGAGGUGGAACCAAUCUCUCCCAAGCUGCGGAGAAAGGUGCCGAUCUCCCAGGACUCUUACCUGCAACGCCUAUCCGUCUCGUCGGGCUCCUCGCUGUGGCAGGACAUCCCCAUGGUUCGAGGAAGCACCAUGCUGCUGAGCAUGACCCGCGAGGAACAGAAGCUGCAAGAGAACAUCCUGAAAAGAAUUCCACCUGGGGCCGAUGAAGAAGUCCAGGCCACACAGGCAUAUGACGCUCUUGAAAAGCUCAUCAAAGAUUGCAAUGCAAAUGUCCAGCGUAUGAAGAGCACCGAAGAAUUGAUUCACUUAAGUCAAAAUAUGGAGUUUGAAUGCAAGAUCUUCCCACUUAUCUCACAGUCUCGUCGGCUAGUAAAACAUGGAGAACUUACAGCUCUGGAAUAUAAUAUCAGCUUAAAGUGGAAGCUCACCACCAGACCCAUCUACCUCCAUCUCUUCAAUGAUUACCUGCUUCUUUCUCGACCCAGGGAGAAUGGCCGUUUCAUUGUGUUCGAUUACGCAGCCUCCUCGGAUGUGCGUGGGGAAAAGUGUGAAAUGAAACUCCACGGCGACAACAAAAACCUUUUCCGCCUUUUCCUGCUGCAGAACAAUCAGGGGAAGAAAGUGGAAUUCCUCUUCCGCACAGAAACACAGUAAGGACUGGCAGGGAGAAACUCGGCAACCGGGCUCAGUUUUACAGGGGUGCCCAGGAGAAGCCUGUUUACGCCACUGCCAGCUUGGAACAAUGCCAAAAGCUUAUUUCUCUUUAAAUAGUAGCCGCCCCUCUCUUUGAGUUCACAUAGAUAGUUUUAUUCUCCAUUUUCAUUUUCUUACAGUCACACAUAUACUGU